AACAUAAAAUUAAAUAUUUUUAAGUUUAAUUAAUGCAAGAAAUCCUGACACCCAAACCCAACACGCAAAAAGUAUUAAAAUAAUUUUAACACUGCAAACUUCACACAUCAUAUGGAAAACUAUUUCUAAGAUACUUAGAAAUCCGUGCUCUCUCGCAUUUAAUAAUUCAAGUCACAACAUAUUUUUCAACUGAUAUUUUUUCAGCAAUUUUAAGAUAAUAAAAAAAAAUAGAAACUACAGCAAUUUUAAUAAAACAUUUUAUUCAUAAUUUGCUAUGUGUUCGUGUGUUUAUAUCUGUAUUGAUUUUGUAUCUGUAUCUUCGCUAGCAGAAAAAAUUCUAUAAAACUAACAAACUCUUUUCGAGCAUUUGUGAUUCUUUGCGUUGUUGUCGUACGUACAUCAUUUAUCUGGUGUCUUUAGAGCGGCAAUUUGAUCGAUCGAUUGAUCCAAGUUAUUGUAUCUUGACGCAUAUCAAGAUUUUUGUGUAUCCAGCAGUUACUGGCAUAAACUUGUAUCUAAUAUAUGCCUUCAUACCGAGGAUAUGUUAGAGGCAUUAUUUUAGACAUUUUUUUUAUUGAUAAUUUUUUCGCUUGGAAAUUUAAAAAAAAGUCAAAAAAAAUUAACUGAAAAAUAACUCAAGUUUGGUGCAAAGCAAACAUCGAUCAUCGAUCUUUGACUGUUCAAUAGUUUUAGUAUGCAUUCAACCGUGGCGUGGUACGUUUAAAAAGUAAUUCAACUUUCGCAAUACUUUCAAGUGGAAAUUGGAGCACGUCUUUAAAUUUUUGAAAAUUUAAUUGUUAAAUACAAAGUUAAAUCUAUACAACAAUAUUGGUAAUAAACCGAAAUUAAGUUGUUGAAAACCGGAUAUUAAUACAGUGCUUUAUCAUUUAAAUGGGAUUUUAAUCUAAAAAUUUAAUUGUUUCAUAAAUAACUUAAAAAAGUUCACAUAAUUGUCAAUCAAAAUAUAUAAAGCUUAUCAAGUGCGUCAAUUAAAAUUUAAACUGGAUUAUUUAGAUUGCUGGAAGAUACAAGCAGACAAAAUGAAAUUUUUUUUAUUGUUUCUUGCGUUGGCUAUUUACGCCUGCACUUUGGUACAUUCGCAACCUCAUGGAGACCCAAACUUAAAAUGUCAAUUUAAUUGUGAUGUACAGGACUUUAAGCCAGUAUGUUGCACAAAUGAUGCUGGAGAAACAAAAACCUUUACCAACUUAUGCAUUAUGAAAAUUGAAAACUGUCUUCGACAACAAUUUUUCCAGAAGACGGCCGAUGGCGAAUGUCCCUAGAUGCUAACAAUAUAAUGAAUUUAAAAUCAUAUGCAUUCAAUAUACAUUAAUAAAUGUAAUUUAAAU